AUGAGAAACAAACGCAUCGGUGCUAUCGGCGCGUUUUUAAUCGCCACCGUAUGCCUGCUCUCGGGUCUGAUGUAUUAUUUUAAUCAAGAUACUUGCCCUAUGGGAACAUUCCUUUGUCAGAACACCACCAUUUGUCUACCCCAGAGGAAUUGGUGCGACCUGAAAUACCAGUGCCCUAACAGGGAUGACGAGCAGAAUUGCUAUGAUUAUCACGGUGUAUUGGACUGGUUUGGCAGUAACAGAGAUUCCGAAGCUGUAAGGGAGUUCGAUUGUGACGCCACCGGCAUUCCUGUCGAAUGUAAGUACGUGAAGUGUCGAGCGACUUGUCAAGGCUUCUCUGAAAUUCCGCGAAACCUGUCAUCUCAAACUACCUCCAUAACUUUCUACGACAGCUCGAUUAAACGUGUUCCAAUGGGUGCUUUCGCAGAAUACUCGGAGAUACGUAUACUAUACCUCGAUAGCUCAGGUAUACACGAAUUAGAAAAAGGCGCUUUCGUUAAUUUAACCAAAUUGUUCUGGCUAAUUUUGGACGAUAACCAAAUCAGCGAAUUUCUACCCGGGCAUUUUACUGGUUUAAUUAACUUGGAUUCCCUGAAAGCCAAUAAGAACAAGCUCACCGUGGCAGACUUCUCGGACUUGAAGGGAAGCGAAGCUUUGAAGUUUAUAAAUUUGAACAAAAAUCAGUUGACUUCGGAAGGGUUGAAAUUGCCGGAAUUGCCAGUGUUGAAAGAGAUACUGCUAGACGAAAAUAAUUUCGAGUCGAUACCUGACACGCUGUUCGCCGGAUGUCCCUCGUUAAAAUUAUUGAGUAUGCAAAAGAACAAGAUAAAAACGAUCGAGGAGGACACGUUCCAAAAUUUGGAGCAGCUGGUCGAACUUAAUUUGGCGUUCAACGAAAUAACGACCGUCCCGCUGAAUGUAUUCCAACCGUUAAAAAAUCUGACGAGGCUACAAUUAGGUUACAACCGCCUUCAUAAUUUACCGAUGGCCGUCUUGAGUCCGUUGACGAGACUGUAUUCCCUCGACUUGGAGGGUAUAAAUCUGGACACGUUACCAAAGAACGCGUUCGACGUAUUCAUGAAAUUGGACUUUGUUUACUUCAAGAAAUUUCAUUAUUGCGGAACUUACGCGCCUAAAGCAAAGAGAUGUCGACCCACGGGUGAUGGCGUAUCGUCGUUAUCCCACUUGCUCGAUAAAACUUUGUUACGAGCGGCAGUGUGGGUAAUUUCGAGUGUAACCUGCAUGGGCAACGUGCUCGUUCUUUGGGGGAGAUUCACGGCCAAGGACGAGAAUCGAGUAUUGACCAUCAUUAUUCGAAACCUGGCAGUGUCCGACAUGUUGAUGGGGAUAUACCUGUUCAUAAUCGCUGUAACAGACAUGAUAUUCCGUGAUAAUUACAAUCAAGUAGCGAGUUCGUGGAUGUCUUCCUGGUUCUGCACCUUCGUAGGAGCUUUGGCAAUGAUAUCCCUGGAGGUUUCAGUAUUGAUCCUGUCGUUCAUGUCUCUGGAACGAUAUAUGCUAAUCGCGGCGCCACUGAAAGGUCACCGUACCAUGACACCGCAGACGGCAUCCGCAUCGGUGAUCAUCAUUUGGAUCGUAGGAUUUACCCUCGCUCUCGUGCCAGUGAUUCACUGGCGAAGCAGCACGAGAUUUUACGGCGUAAACGGAAUGUGUUUCCCCUUGCACAUCGACGACCCGUACUUAAUUGGAUGGGAAUAUUCGGCCUUCAUUUUCUUGGGAUUAAAUCUCACGGGGCUGAUCACGAUCGGUUACGCUUACGCGGGUAUGUUUGUGAGCAUUUGGAAAACCAGGCACGCCUGUUCACUCUCCGUCGGCGAUUCUGAAUUCGCCUUGCGAUUUUUUCUCAUCGUUUUAACGGAUGCGGCUUGCUGGGCGCCAAUUAUCAUUUUGAAGAUUAGAGCCAUGAUGAAGUAUCCAAUUCCGGCUGAUCUUCACGCGUGGGUGGUGGUUUUUAUAUUGCCGGUAAAUAGCGCGAUUAAUCCGUUAUUGUAUACGUUUACCACCCCAAAAUUUCGAGAGAGAUUAAACGAGGGAUGGUUGGGGGAAAUGCGUAGCUACGUGACGAAGAAAUUUUCCACGGAAGAUUCCCGGAGAUCCACGAGGAGCAGCAAGAACGUAAUGUUGUCUCUGUUCAAUGGCAAGAACUACGACAAUAAAAUACCCCCGCUGCUUGAAUUUAGUAACGGGAAAAUGCAGUCGGAGAAAUGCGAUCAUAUUCUGUGA